AUGCAGCAGGAUGAGAUCACCUGGAGCAUCAUCAGCAAACAGUUCUGCUCGUUCCAAGUAAAAACACAGACGCAAAACUUUUGCAGAAAUGAGUACAACCUGACCGGGUUUUGCUCGAGGCGGUCCUGCCCGAUCGCUAACAGUCAAUACGCGACGGUGCGGGAGGAGAAUGGAAUUAUCUAUCUGUUCAUGAAGACAGCAGAACGGAAUGCGUUCCCUUCCAAGCACUGGGAAAAGGUGAAGCUGUCCCGCAACUUCGACAAGGCGGUGUAUCAAAUCAAAGAGAAUCUGCUGUUCUGGGACCGGUGGGUACAGAACAAAUGCAAACAGCGGUUCGUGAAGAUCACCCAGUAUCUGAUACGGAUGCGAAAAUUGAAGCUGCGCAGACAGAAGAUGCUGGUACCCUUGGCAACAAAGGUUGAGAGGCGGGAACGGCGUCGGGAGGAGAAAGCCCUGAUCGCAGCCCGUAUCGACAAUGCAAUCCAGAAAGAGCUGAUGGAACGGUUAAAGAUGGGCAUGUACGAGGACAUCUAUAACUUCCCGCAAACGGCGUUCGAUCGCGCACUGGACGCGGAAGAGGUGGAGGUAGAUGAAACGGAAGAGAUGGACGAGGAGGAGCGCGAGAUGGAGGAUGAGGAGGAACAACGGGUGCAGGAGAAGGUGCGGCACGUGAGCGAAGAUUUACGGCGCGAACUGGAGAUGGCAGACGAGUUUGUCGAAGGCGAUACGGAUGAGGAGCUGGAUUCGGAUGCGGAGAGUGAAUCGGGUGUGAAGGAACGCGUCGAGUUGGCCAGUGACUUUGAAUCGGACGACGGAUCGGAUAUGGAGGACUAUGUGCCGAACGUGUCGCUUCAGCCACCGAAAUCGGACGACGACGAGGAAGUAGCACCAGCAUCCCCGGCGAAACCUGUAGACACACCGAAGAAGAAGAAGAAACCGCGCAAGUUCCGCAAACCCAAGCUCGAGUUUGAGUAUGAAGUGGAAGCUGAACCAUCGGCGCGGGGUCGCGUACAUCAGUGA